CUCUGUCUUCCGGUAUACGCACACACACACACACACACACACACAGACAGAGAGAGAGAGAGGGGGGAGACAAUCGACCCACCACUCACCCACCCACGCAGCCACACACACACACCUGCAUAUGGUCUAUCGACAGCCACGUACAAAACAUACCAACCAUUAUCCACACAUACAUCAACACAGACGGACAAACAAAUAUGCACAACCGCCACCGUCCAGCUACUCGUCAUCAUCGUCGUCUGCAGUCACACAGACACAUCGACCCACAUCAUCAUGUGAGCAUUAAUUGUCUGUGUGUGGCUGUCGUGCAGACUGCCGCUUGCCUGCCCCCCCUCCGGCUAUAUCCUCAUACGUCAGCUGGUACCGCCCGCACAGCACGCGGCUCGCCCCUGUCAGCUCCCUUCACACACACAGCACAAAGGGCACCAUAUUGGAUUGGACACACCCACGGCUGCAGUCACUUCACUGGCUGCUGGCGUACUCGACAUCGCCGCCCUCGCGGAAAUCGCACAGCUCGCCGUCGAGGAAGCCGUGCAGCUGCUCCAUGAAAUCGCGACGGGUGAUGCCCCUCAGCUGCCACACACACCAAAGGAUAUGAUGCACACGUCUGCUUGCUUGUGUAUGGCUCCUACCGGGUCAGAAGCCCUUAUGGGCAGCGAGUAGUAGCCAGUGGCGUCCUCGGUGCUCUCCGUGUUGACGCACCUCUCAAACAGCGUAUCCACUGCAUGCACACAGCAACCAUCGUGACGUCUGCCCCUCUGCCUGCCUUGGUAUCUAUCAUCUCAUCUCAUCUCAUCUCAUCACACGCACUCAGUUCCUCCGGGCAGUCGAGCGCGUUGCACACUAUCAUGCUCGGAUAAGGGUAAACCACCUGCAGGCACCAAGAACGAACCAGUGAACAAACGCACCGUCAUCCAGGCCUGUGUGCGUCUUGCGGUACAGUACCUUGUUCAUGAGUCUGUUGAACUCCCUCCUCUCCUCCCUGCUAUCGUUCUCGUACAUGUCUUGCUGCAUGUCCGGCCGCCAGAUGUCGCCGAGAUCAAACCCCUCAGGCUCGAAGGGCCUCGUGCCCUGCCUCUCAGCCGCUUUGACCUCCCGGAACACAUCCUGAAGCAAUCUUUCGUGCCCCGCCGUCGAUGCACCCAUCUGCCGAGGCACCUCACGCCCGCCUGCUGCCGACGAAGUCAUAAGCCCGGCGCCCUUACGGGGUGCUGCAGACGUCUACCAAAGCUGGGAUCUCCUUC